CUGCGUACGAGGUCGUGGUAUAUCGAUGCCACGAUGCAGCAUUGGUUUUUCGCGUCCUGGCGUGACGCACUUUCGCAGCCGCGCGUUUUAGUUGCAUAUGAGCGGCUUUUGAAGAAAAACGGAAUUUCGCGUGAGGAGUUUGAUGCGGCGUACGGCGAUCGGGCACGGGUCGGCAGCAAGCGGGCGACCCUCAAAGUGACUCCGAGCUUGGCGGAGCUGCGUGCGAAACAGACGGUACUGAAGGGCGAAAUUUCGGAGCGGCAGACGGGCGAGCUUGUGCGGAACUCGGGCGGAAUCUACACUGCUUGCAAGGACGGAAUAGGCGCCCUGUGGUGCAACCAGUGCGCGGCGGCGCUUGGUGGAUCUUUGCGGGCCCUGUGUGCCCACCUCAAGUUGCACCAGGAAGACGACUUCGUCCGCAUCGUCGCGGAACGCGAUGGGUCCUACACACCGGCCGAGGAAUUCGCGUAUGGGAGGUCGGGCCAGUGUAUUCUGUCGAAAUACAAGCCAUCGCAGCGCUUUGUGCUUCCUCCGCAGCGGUUUCUCAACGGGGCAGAGGCGUCGAAGUUUAGCGCCCGACAGCUGAUUUGUCCGCACUGCUCGACGCACUCGAUAUCUUGGCCGCGCGAUUUCCAGAAGAAAGUUGGUGCGUCCCGACGCAUGAAGACGCACGAAAAGAAGUGCUGCGCGCAAAGAAAGCUCGAUUUGAAAUGCGAUCCGAUUCUUGAAGAUGAAGAUGAGAACGACACUAGUGACGUUGCGGAGAGUUGAGGAGUUCGAUAAAUUGGUAGUCUUAGUACACGACGAGCCACGAUGUGCGAAGCUGCAGUGACAAAACCCCGAGAUGCAGCUUGAAACGAACUCGAACCCCAACCCCUCCGCACGUCCCCCCCUAGUGCAGGAUAAAUGAUGAUGAUGAACAAGACUAAUCGGAAAGGUUGUAAGGAUGUACAAGCGUCGAGGAAAAAGAUCUCCAAAAACCUGACAUGUUUAUGUUAUCGCGUCGUGUGUG